UUCCAACUUCCACUCUUCUAUAUAACUGCAUAUAUAGAUUCAUGUCUACACUCAACCAAGAAAGUUAACAUCAAAUUUUUAAUGAAAACACAACUCCUAUAUAUACAUAUCUAUAUCACCUUUCUUCCCAUCAAAAGUUUCAAGCUUUCGCGUAACUUACAUUCGCACACUCUAAGUUCUUACUCGAUCAAGAAACCUAUGCCACUAAGGUUUCUUUAGCUUACGUGUCGUCGUUAAAGUAUCUUUUCUCCUUCUUAUAUAUAUAAUACUUCAAGUAGGUAACCUAAAGCACAAACCGUAUAACAACAGGCUAGCUCUCAAGAGUUUCUGACUUGAUUUUUGCACAUUUGCAUCCAUACAUGCACUUGGUCCUCUGAGUUUCCAUUAAUAGAUUAAUCAAACUUCUUUCUUUACGCCUUUUUCGUAUAGAUUUGGGUUUGUGACUAGAAACAAAGUAGUUAAACAAGGAAAUAAUGGGGUACCUUCAAUCUUCAAGUAAUGGUGCCAACUCUCACUUGUAUUCUCAAGCACUUCAGAUGAAAUUAUACCAAGCAUUCAUAUUUGCUAUCCCAAUACUCUUCUCUAUAAUCCUUUUUCUCUUGUUUUACUUGUUCUACCUCAAAAGGACUUUUGGCAACAACAAUUCUACAUCUACACUCCAUCCGGGAACCUCAUCGAAUCAUGAUUCUUCAACUCUUCCUCAAUAUAGUGAAACAGGACGGAAGAUAAACCUUGAAGACAAGCUUACUGUGAUCUUGUUUGACGAAGAUUUAUACGCAAAGGAUUCAAUGUGUUGUGUUUGUUUGGGGGAAUUUGAGAUGAAUGAGAAGCUACAUCAAAUACCAUCUUGCCAACAUAUGUUUCAUGGCGAUUGUAUACGUAACUGGCUUCAUUCAAACAUUACAUGUCCCCUCUGCAGAUGCUCAGUUAUCAACACAACCAAAGGCGGCCACCACGAGCCACAGGCAGUUGAUGAACCAGCCGCGGCCGUGAGCAACCAGAGUAUGAUGAACUCACAAGGGGUUCCUUUAGAACAUAGUAUAGUUAUAUGUGAAGGGUCAUCAAGUUCAAGUAUGGAUAAGUUGCCUAAUAUUCCAAAUGAUCAAGAAUCUCAUUUUGUCAAUAUUCAAAUCCAUGAUUCUUGAGUUUUGCGUAGACUGUAGACUAGUCUUUAAUAUAGAUGAACAAAUGCAUACAACAACAAUGUUGUAAUACCAAUUACUACCAAGUGUGAUCCAAACUGUAUGUACAAGAUGAUUGAUCGCAUUUGGUAAUUAAAAAAUCAUCUAUUUGUUUGUAACAAUUGUAAGUUACAAUAAUGAAUCAUCAUCUAUUGCAAAUUUA